GCGUAGACAAAGUCGCGGGGAACAGCUCGUCAGAUAACGCGUCCAGUCGCGAACCCACAGUUUGGACUGGUCCUCCCUCAUCAGUACCCAACUACACGCAGACGCGACCGCACGCGACUACACCGCACCGAACGCACCACACGACACCAUGUCGAGCAAAGACGGACCGACUAUAUGCAGUGGUUGUAAUGCGCCGAUUCAAGGAAGAAUCGUGACAGCGCUAAACAAGAAGUGGCACCCUGAGCACUUCACGUGCAAUACGUGCAGGAAACCCAUUGACGGAGCCAAGUUCCACCAGCACGAGGGCGGCGUCCACUGCGUGCCCUGCUUCGCACAGCACCACAGCCCGAGGUGUCAUGGCUGCGGAGAACCUAUCACUGAUCGCGUGAUCCAAGCUUUGGGCGUGUCCUGGCACGCCCACCACUUCGUCUGCGGCGGCUGCAAGGCGGAACUAGGUGGCGGUGGCUUCAUGGAACAGGCCGGCAGACCAUACUGUUCGUCGUGCUACGCCGACAAGUUCGCGGCGAGAUGCGCCGGAUGCCACACCCCUAUUGUGGACAAGGCCAUCAUCGCAUUGGACGCCAAGUGGCAUCGCGAGUGCUUCACUUGCAACAAAUGUCGAAACCCAGUGACAGAUGCCACCUUCUCCGUGAUGGACAACAAACCAUUGUGCGGCAAAUGCGCCUAGACCGACACACGUCAUAAACCUAAGAUUAUAAUUAGUCACAACAUUAUUUAUUCAUACUAUUUUUAAUACGCUAUAAGCAUAUUGUAAUGUUAUUAUGUCCACUCUUUUAUUUCAACUAUAGGUAUCACCAAUUUUUUUUUGUGAUACAAUUAACGUUAGUAUUCACGGAAUCACGCGCAUGAAUUAAAAUUAGAUGAGGCAGCAACUGCCAGAAAAUCAAAGAAUAAAAUAAGUUUUUUUUU